UGUUUGCAGAAAAGCAGGGUUUAGACACAAUGGGCGUGACGCGAGGGGAUUAUUUGCAUACUGCGCAGUAUUUAUAGUGUGAUUGAAGCCGGAGACAUCACUCUGCUGCUGCGCCAAUCACACCUUCGUCCUACUUCUUCUCCGAGUCAAAAGUCCGAGCCUCUGCAAACAUGGCUGACAAACCUGACAUCACAGAAGUCACAACCUUUGACAAGAGCAAGCUGAAGAAGACUGAGACUCAAGAGAAAAACACUCUGCCAACCAAAGAAACCAUCGAACAGGAGAAGUCAGAGUCGUCAUGAAGACCGGUCCUCCUGUGCCCUGUACAUUCCACAAGCCUUGCCUUUCUCAACUUUUUCCAACAUGUAUUCCAAGUUCCAGUACUUAUUUGACCAAACAAUGGCUAUACAACCACACCACUCGCUUGCCUAGAUGUCCCUCUGUACAGUAAGGAAGUGUGGCGUAAUUUCAGCAUGGGUUCCUGGUCAUCAGUUUUGCUGUGGCUGAAUCUCAAGGUGUGUUAUGAAACAACUGGGGGACUUACACUUCAUGACUUGUAGCCCUACUCUGGCCACCUGUGAAUGCUCACAAAGCUGUGUUUUUGUAAAAAAAAAAUCUGGAAUGCACAAGUUUGUUAAAUAUGCAAAAUAAAAAUAAAAAAUGUAAA